AUUACUAAGUUAGUAUCCAAGAUAGAUGGUUAAACAAAGCAUGGUUGCAGCUGCAGGAAAUUGUGCGUCAACUUUUCAAGGUUAAUUUUGCUUUACUUGCAGUUGCACGCAAGGAUCAUUAAAUAUUCCAGGAACAUUCGUAUAAACCCACUGUUGAGCUAAAUAAUUAUCUAUUUAAAUAAUAAUUGCAGCUGUGUUGUGUUUGGUAGUUCUGCCAUAUGCUACCUUAGGCAACUUCCUAGCACCUAACCAUACAUGAGUGAAGUAAUCAUUAUAAGCUUAAAUAUACCUGUAUUUAUAUCCUUGUUCUAAGCUAAGCUGAUCGUUCCCAAUCUUUAUGGAUCCAUCAAGAAUUUCCAUCCGUCCUUUCAAGCUUUCUGAUGUUGACGAUUUCCUAAAAUGGGCAAGUGAUGAUAGAGUAACCUCAAACCUGAGAUGGAACUCCAUUACCACUACAGAAGAAGCACUAAAACACCUCAAAGAGGUUGCCAUAUCCCAUCCAUGGCGCCGAUCUAUAUGUUUGGAUCAUCGUUCAAUUGGAUGUAUCUCCAUUUGGCAAUACUCCGGUGAUGAUAGAUGCAGAGCAAACAUUGGAUAUGCAGUAGCUACCGAGUAUUGGGGACAAGGGAUAGCCACAAUUGCACUGAAGAUGGCUCUGUCUAGUGUAUUUCAAGAUAUACCUGAAUUGGUAAGACUUGAAGCUCUUGUAGCAGUAAAGAAUAAGGGAUCUCAAAGGGUAGUAGAAAAGGUUGGAUUCUCGAAAGAAGGUCUGUUGAGAAAAUACACGUUUUGUAAAGGUGAAUUUAGGGAUUUGAUUAUCUAUAGUUUUCUGUCAACAGAUAAGAUUUUGUAAUUCAUCAGACGAAAGCACGCUUCUAACAAAAAAUCAUAAAACUAGUAAUAUAUAUGGUUGUCAUUUCCUUUCUA